CAACUUCAUACCACACUCCUCCUACAAUCUCCCUUAAACACACAACCAUGGACACUGCAAUCGCCGAAUGGCAGGCCCGCGCUGAGGCCCUGAAGCCCCUCAACCUGAAGCAGAUCGAGGGUCCUCUGGGCGAGCUCUCGGACCACCUUACACUACGCUCUUUCGUGGUCGGCUAUGAAUACUCGGCGGCGGACGAGACGCUGUUCAAGACGAUUCGCGGAAACCGCGUGGCGCAUGCGUAUGUCAAGCAGAACUUGAUGCCCAAUUUGUGCCGCUGGUUUAGGUUUAUCGAGGAGGUGUAUGCGCCGCAGGUUGUGACGGUGCAGAGCAAAGGGAAAGACGGGAAGGCUAAAGAUGAUGGGGCGAAUUAUGAUAUCGGCCUGCAAGAUGUCGGUGACGGAACUGGCGUCGUGACCAGGUUCCCUCCCGAGCCUUCGGGCUACCUUCACAUCGGCCACGCAAAGGCCGCUCUCCUCAACGACUACUUCGCGCACGAGAAAUACAAGGGCAAGCUCAUCCUCCGAUUCGAUGACACGAAUCCGACAAAGGAGAAGCAGGAGUUCCAGGAUGCGAUUGUGGAGGAUCUCGCACUCAUGGGCAUCAAGCCUGACCAAGUGUCAUACACGUCCGACUACUUUGACCACCUAUACGAGGUUUGCGUACAGCUCAUCAAGGACGGUGGAGCCUACGCGGAUGACACGGCGCAAGACCGUAUGCGCGAGGAGCGCAUGGACGGUAUUGCCAGCGCGCGUCGCGAGGCUUCGGUGGAGGACAACCUGGCGCACUUCGAGGAGAUGAAGAAGGGCUCCGAGGAGGGCCUCAAGUGGUGCAUUCGCGCGAAGAUGUCGGUUGACGACCCGAACAAGGCUCUUCGCGACCCGGUCAUCUACCGUUGUAACCCCGAGGCGCACCACCGCACUGGCUCAACGUGGAAGAUAUACCCAACCUAUGACUUCUGCUGCCCGAUUGUGGACUCCCUUGAGGGCGUGACUCACGCUCUCCGCACGACCGAGUACAAUGACCGCGAUGCGCAGUACCAGUGGUUCAUCAAGACGCUCAAGCUACGCGGCGUCUACAACUGGGGCUUCGCUCGUCUGAACUUCAUCCGCACACUACUUUCCAAGCGCAAGCUUACCAAGAUCGUGGACGAGGGUGUCGUAACCGGCUGGGAUGACGCGCGCAUGCCGACCAUCCGUGGUGUACGUAGAAGGGGUGUUCAGGUUCCUGCCCUUCGCGAGUUCAUUCUCAAGCAAGGACCCAGCAAGAACAUUGUAAACAUGGAUUGGAACUCCUUCUGGGCAACCAACAAGAAGCACAUCGACCCGGUUGCCGCCCGUUACACCGCCAUAGCGGACGCCAACAAGGUCCCUGUCACCGUCGUCGGUCACACCGGAGGCACCACCAUUGAGGAGAAAGCCAAGCACGCCAAGUACGACCUCGGCAAGAAGAAGGUCGUCUUCAGCAAAGACAUCCUUAUGGAGCAGGAGGACGCGCAGUCGUUCGCCCAGGGCGAGGAAAUCACUCUCAUGAACUGGGGCAACGCCAUAGUCAAGAACAUCUCGCACUCCAUCAACCCGCUGUCCGCGCACGGCUUCAAAACCGUCACCGGCCUCGAGCUCGAGCUCCACCUCCAGGGCGAUGUCAAGACGACCUCCAAGAAGGUGACGUGGCUGUCCAAGGACCAGAACCUUGUCCCCGUCGAGCUCGUCGACUUCGACUACCUGAUUACCAAAGACAAACUCGAGGAGGAGGACAAGCUGGAGGACUUCCUGAACAAGAAAACCGAGACGAGGGUGAAGGCGGUGGCAGACUUGAACGUGGCCGACUUGAAGGUCGACGACGUGUUCCAGUUCGACCGCAAGGGGUACUUUAGGGUGGACAAGGCGUUCCAGCACGGCGAGCCGCUUGUCGCGUACAAGAUUCCCACGGGGGGCAAGUAAGCGUGCGGGCGUGUUUCAAACUCGCCGUCCGAGGCAGCAUGCAGUAGUGGAAAGUAGUUUCGGAAAUUAGAGACGCGCACCUAUCUAUGCGCUUGUGUAAAUGUGCCAUCCA